AUGUCCUCCUUCCUCUCCAACUUCCUGCAGGAUCUCGCUGCCGGCGAGACUCCCCCCACCAACGCCGCCCAGCUCGCUUCUCCCAUCAAUGAUGAACCGUCCCCCACCCCUCGUCCGGGCAUGCCGCCUCCCGCUGUCGACACCCCCAUGACGGACGACGUCACCACCGAGCCCUCCACCCCCAAGCGCCGCCGCAAGCCCACCAGCAAUGACCACGAGCCCUCGCCCGACUUCGAUUCGCUAUCCCGCACCGCCAAGAACAAGUUCCGCGCCAUCAUGCGCAAGCGCCAAGGCACGAGCAGCGAGACGCGCAUGUGGUACUGUCGCGAGCGCUGCGACUGGCCGUUUGCGAGCCAGAACGAGCGCAGCUACCACGAGCGCCGCUGCGCCGUCGGCCUGGGCGAUCGGCGCUUCUCGUCGAGGCGGGAGUUCGAGGAGAAGAUUGCUGGACGCAGCAAUGAGGAUGUGUUGAGCGAGUGGGAGUCGCUGAUGCAGGAGAGUGCGAGGAAGUUUAGUGGUGGUGGGCCCGUGGCUGCGGAGGGCGGUGGUGGUGCCGGCGGCGGCGGCGGCGACGGCGGCAAGGAGGUGGAGGGAGAGGUGGGACGGCAGGAGAAGGUGCAGCAGCAGCAGCAGCAGCGCCUCGCGGUGGAGAAGAACCAGGCGCUGGGUGGUGGCCUGCAGCAUGUGGGCGGAAAGGACAUGGCGCUGCGCGAGGAGAGGAGUUCUAGUGGUGUGCUCUCCGCGGAGUUCAUAUUGAAGUAUGGCGCUAUGCAGAUCGAGGAGAAGGAUGCUCGCAAGGCGACGUUCGCUGGGUUCAUGGCUGAGUAUGGCGCCGCAGAGGUUGAGCAGGCAGAACCUGAGGUCCAGGUCAAAGUCGAGGAUGAGGGCAACAGCGAAAUCCCUCUUGGCGAGAAUUGCAUUGUUGGCAUACCUUUCACUGCAUCGAGCACCACGCACAAUCCCGUUCAUUACUUUCUCGCAAUUCUACCCAUGGCUGAUAACACCGUCUCAGACCCCUCCGCAGCCGAAGAUUGGCUCGACGCCCAGCUCGUGAGAGUGCUCACGGUCGCUCAAGCACGCGACGAGUCGCCCAGUCCUAUCGCUCUUCGACCUUCCUCACAGUUCAAAGGCCGCUACAUCGAAAACAACAACGUCUUUAACGAUUAUCUAAAGAUCUGCGAGCUGCCCCCUUCGUACAUCAUCUCCAUCAUACCAACUGCCGAGAUAGUUGAAUCGAAAUGCUACCUCUGCCUCGAGGAGUUCACAGACCGACUGCACUGGCCGGCGAUGCUGGCCCGCUGCGACCACGUUUUCGGAGCGGCCUGCCUUCAGCAGUACAUCAUGGAGAACAUUGUUAGGCACGAAAAACUGGAAAGAAAUAACCACAACAGGGCAGCAGAGGUCCCCGAGAUCAUCUGUCCGAAGCCAUUCUGCUAUGAGCGCUUCAUGCCUAUGUACCAGUGUAAAGGUUUUGAACCUUUGCACAGGUAUAUCGACAUUUCCGGUGACGGAAGCAAGCUCGAGAGAGUCAAAUGGCCUGUGAGGCCUUAUGGCUGGGCAGGAUGGUUGACCGAUACCUGGCAAACCUGGAAAAGGCUUUCAGAAAAGUCACCUCGAUGGGUGCAGAUCGAUCCGCUGGAGAUCGAAAUGAUUGAAGACCGACACAAUGACGCAACGUGCCCUGUAGACGUCGACGAGACAACAAAAGUCAAGAACAUCAGAAUGAUUCCGGAAGGCUGGUCCCAGGCGAUUAUGCACGACAAAGUUGCUGUGAAGGCGCUCUAUGAAGUUCUCCUAUCCUGGCCCGACGACGAACGACACCAGAAACUAAACGACGCAUUGAUCUGGAAGAUCACGGACAGGACGCUGAGGCUUCUUCAUAUGAGAUGGCAGAGGGAGAGGUGGUCAUGGGAUCCACUGCCGUUCCAGCUUUCAGAGAACGACGCAAUACUAUUGUACCUGAAUACGCUGGUCACUCAUUCCCUUGUAGCAAUGCGGAGGUGGCAAAGGGUUGCCUUUUGA